AUGGUUAACAUCGCAAAGCGCAUGCGAAGCUUCCAACCUCUAUGGCGAAUACGAAAUGGACAAGGCGCUGCCAUUCUUCCUCCACCACCCUCACCUCAAUUAACUCAUCUCCUUCUACGAUUUCCUCGAGGAGAAUGGCGCAAACCGGUACAUGGCCCGAGGCUAUUUGCGAAUGAACACCUACCCCGACUGAAAUAUCACAAUCCUGCUCUGCCCAUCAGAGUCGAGACUUUCACAAAAUCACAGCUACAAGUGACCUUUGAGAGCAGCGACCGGGGUUCAUUAGAAGCACUGGAAUCUAGGAACACAGAAGCGGACUCCGAGGGGGAGAAGCUAAACGAAGAAUGGUCUACAAUAGAAUCAAAACCCCAGCCAGCAGCUGACCCGAGCACACCUUCAUCCACAUCACCUCCCAGCGAGAUCUUCGUGAGACGCGCCACGGUUGACAUUGCGGGCAAACGCCCUCGACAGAUUUGGCAUUGGCUCAAGAGCGCUGCUAAAUGUGAAGAUAUAGCCCAAUCUCCGGAAGAUGUGGAACUGAUGAGGCGGCUCAAUGCCUUCUUCCAAAAGGCGGACAUCGACAGAAAACGUGUCAAGGCCGGCAUUGAUGAGAUGAGAAAGCAGAAGGAAGACUUGAGAAAGGCACGCGAAGCAGCUGAGAGGCUGACCAGCGAGAGCUAA